AUGACUAUGAAUGAUUUUACUGUGUCUCCUGCAGAACAGAACAAGAGUUCAGAUGUUCAAGCUGUUGGAAGCGAGCUUUCGUACGGAGGAGCUGUAGAGCGACUUCGUCAGGAGGUUCAUGGGUUGAUCGCUGAAGUUGCGAACAGUGGGGACAAGUCGGACGAAGAGGUCGACGCUUUGAAGGCUGCCCUGUCAAAGAAGUGCUCUAACUUGGAGGCUAUAGAGAAAGCUCUCUCUAUGGUCACACCUAACCAGAGUCCUUCCCAAGUAACAGUGGUUAGUCAAGGUGCGGCUAAUAGUUCAACUGUACCUGAUGAUCUUCCUUUGUUCCAAUGGUUUGGACGUGUCAAAGAUGAAAAAAAAGAAGUUUUUGCCAACAUUGAGGAGUGUUGUCGCCGGUUUUCCGAUAAGUUGAGCAGUUGCACGCUUGAUCUUGAUGAACACUGGUAUCGUUUGCUUCCUCCUUGUCUUCCCGGCGAUCUUCGCAAUUGGCUUGAUGAGUUUGUGAAAGCAUCUGGCUCCACUGUGUCUUGGGCUACCUUGAAGGGAGCUAUCAUCGGUCGUUUCGGUACACCAAAAGAACAGCUCAGAUUCGAAAGAAUUAGGGAGUUUCUUCGUUGUACUAAAGGAAACGAAGAAUCCGUUGAUGGUUUCGUAGAGCGGUUUAAGACGUUGAGAAAUAGAGCUGACAUCAGUGAUAAGGGUGUCGUAGCGAUGGUGUUUUUUGACGCUUUCCCCAAGGUUACCGCUAGGUUGCUAAUGGUUGCUAUGAGUCAGGCACCAGAAUCGUCAUUUUAUGACAUUGAUUAUGUGUCCUCUCUCGUGCGCAAGAUGGAUAUGAUGGCUAUUGAGACGGGUCAAGAAUCUUUGGGCUCUGUUUUUGAUGGAAGAAAACGCGCUGCUGACAUACCUGUUUCGAACGAAGCAAAGAAGUCUCGGUACGCACCUUCUUCUAGUGGAAACGCUCUGCAAAGUAGCUCUUCGUCGAGAUCCAAUGGUCCCUCGUCCAACUCUCCACGUUCUGGUGCUAAUCGUUUUGGCAAAACAUUUGCUGAACAUAUUGCUGAAGGGACUUGCUCCAAAUGUAACGGUCCUCAACCAAAGGGGCAGAUGCAUCACUGCAACACUGCUAUUCGUACUGGUGGUGGUAACACCCAUCAGGGCAAUGGUGGUAAAAAAGUUUUGCGUGCCAUGACUAAGAAACGUGGUGGCAAACAUUCGAUGGAUGCUGCAAUCCAAGCUGCUUUUCUCUCUGCUCGUGUUGAUCGUGCGUUAGCUGAGAAAGGUGCUUCUUCCCCUGCUGUCUCCUCUGCUGAACAAUUGGUGGAUGAUGUUGUCCUUGCUCCUUCUUCUGGUGAUAGUGACAAUGUUGAUGUUGACCAAGAUGCUGUGAUGAGUGAAGCUCAUGGUAUCUUUGAGGAUACUGACCUGGUGAAUCGUGCCCAGUCUAUUCUUCUUGAAAAAGAGAUGAGUAGCAUGUCUGUGGACGACGAUACGCUACAAAAUAUAUUUGCUCAGCGUAGUAUUUAUCUCUUGGGAUGGAGUGUUAUUAAUGGUAAAUUACUGCCUGACGGUAGAAAACUUACCAACAUUGCAGAUUGGCCGGCUAUUACCACUGGUCGUCAAUUGGCAUCUUUCUUGGGUUUAAUGUCGUACUUUCGUGCUGCCAUUCCAUGUUAUUCUCGUCUGACUCGAGAUCUUGAUAGCUUGAAACAGUACAAAGAUCUAACAGAUGUUUGGAAUGAGUCUCAUACAAAAGCGAUUGCCGACUUGAAGGAUGCACUUACGAUGGCACUUGUGCUGUCACCUCCUGAUUUUUCGAUUCGAUUUCACUUGGCUACUGAUGCUAGUUUAACUGCUCUUGGCGCGGUUUUAUAUCAAGUGGUCAACGAUGAAAUUCGAUAUGUAGGUCUCGUAUCUCGUAAAUUGUCUGUUUCUGAGCGCAACUACAGUACUACGAAAAGGGAAUUGCUAGGGAUUUGCUAUGCCUUGGUUAAGUUUCAUCGUUUUCUGUAUAUGCGAGAGUUUACCUUACAUACGGACCAUAAGAGUCUGAUCUACUUGAAUACACAGGAAGUCCCCAAUGCACUCAUGCUUGGAUGGUGGGAGACCAUUUUUUCUUAUACUUUCGAUAUUGUGCAUUUGCCCGGUGUCCUUAACGUAAUUCCUGAUGCUUUAUCUCGACUUUACGAAGAUUCGGAUGCUGAUGCUUCAGCACGACAUCUUCUGGGGGGCAGGUACUAUGCUGAUGGUGGUGAAAGUGUAAAGAGAAAGAAAAAGGGUUCCAAAAACAAAGUCAAGGUUGUCACACCUUCGCCUCCAAUGAAACGUACUUUGGUCAAGACAACUAAGGCGUUACGAUCUAAUUCUUUUAGCAACCAUGCACGCACUGCGGUAAACGCUACUCUUAUCAAAGAUGGCACCACCACAGCUGUCUCGCAAAAGCAAAAGGAAUUCAUAUUGCGUACGCUUAGGUUUGCUGACUAUAUCACUCCUCCUGCUAAUGAAAGAGACAAUAUGAUCAUUGCUCAGCAUCUGGUUGGACAUUUUGGGAUCAAACAUGUUGAAACUGCAAUUCAUCAUGAAGGGUUUCGCUGGGUGAACAUUCGGAAAGACAUAGAAAGAAUAUUAGCUGAUUGUGACGAGUGUAACAGGUACAAUAUCGCUAGAGAGGGAUAUCAUCCUUUCCGUAGUGUCAAUGCAGCCCAACCUUUGGAUCAUUGGUGCAUGGAUCUCGGUGAUAUGGAUGUUACUAGCUCUUUCGGCAGCAACUUUCUAUUUGUCCUUACUGAUUACUUUACGAGAUUUACUGUGAUAAGAUGCAUUCCAGACAAGAAGGCUACGACAAUUGCCAGGGAAAUGCUUCAAGUUUUCUCACUUUUUGGAUGGCCAAUCAAGUUGACUUCAGACAGAGGCCUGGAAUGGAUAAAUGAGGUGGUCCGUGCUAUGAUGGACAUCAGUGGGAUAGACCAUCGCCUGUCAUUAGGGUACAAUCCAUUGGGUAACUCGGUUUCUGAGUCAUUUAUCAAAAUAUGUAAGUUAACGACUAUCAAGUUGUUAAAAGGUAAGAGGGAUCAAUGGGAGCACUUCAUUCCGUGGGUGAAUUACUGCAUCAAUGUCAAGUAUGCUCGGUUACAUAAAUCUCGUCCGUAUACACUUUUGUUUAAUCGUCAACCAAAUGGUCUGGCUGAUUACUCAAAGGUGGACUAUUCCAAACGUUUGGAGAAAGCUGAUAACAGACUCAUUGACAAACGAUACCGUUUUGUACAAGAUGUUCUUAUCCCGGCUAUUUCUAAGCGUAUUGUGGAUACACAAAAUGCUGAUCAUGCUAACUUUGCGAAGAAACAUAAGGUCAUUGCCGAACCCUAUCCUAUUGGUAGUAAGGUUAUGAUUAAAAAUGUUCAUCGUCAAAAUAAGUUAGAUGAACGGUAUGAAGGACCUUAUUUGAUUCGUAGUAUAACCGAUAAAGGUUCCUAUGUGCUGGCUGACAAGACGGGUGCACUCCUUAGUCGAGAUGUGCCUACCCAUCAUAUCAAGUACCAAGUCGCUGCGAAUCCUCAGCCAAUCACAAUUGAUGAAUUCUCUGCAGAGCAUUACGAAAUUCAAGCUGUGAUUGAUCAUAGAGGAUCUCCUGGUAACUAUGAGUAUAAGGUAAAAUGGAAAGGGUUCGAUGAUCCUAGUGAAGAUACUUGGGAGCCUGUGAAAAACUUUGAUUCGGCCAAACACAUUGAGUUGUAUUGGGCUCGAAGAGAAGGUGCAAAGGCUGCUGGUAAACGUAGGUUAGCUCCUCAAACAGUUAACUGGCGAACUCCUACUACUCGCGAAAUUGGUCAGAGUGGUAGAUCAAACAGGUCUUAA